AUCAACUCUUUAGUAAGCAAGUUCUCGGAAUGUGGAAUCAAAUCGAAUGGUAUUCGCUCACAACUUCGUGUGACAUUGUUAGUUAAUGUAAUCCAACUUACUGCUUAUACGGAGCCGAAGAACAGUUUUCGUGAGGCUCAAUUGGAGGAACUUCCCGUGCAGUCGGAUUAUGAUGACCUUCUAGUCGCUGAAGCAGAGAAUGCCUCCAGUAUCAUUUCUGCUUCUCUCGCCCAGAAACUCACUGCUGUCGACAUUUUAACUCACGUCCUUAUAUGUAAUCCCUACAAACCACUUAUGCAGGUGGAUCUACUAGGUGCAGAACGACUUGAGUUAUGGCGUAUACCUUCUGAAGCUCGACUUGUAUCGGAUCGCCUUUCUAACCUGAAUGUUUUCAAAUACGAUGAUCCCGACAAACGUUUCUCGCGAUUGUUCGUCCGGGAACUGCUUGAAAUCCCAAUAAGAAAUGUGGAUGAAGGUUUUGACGUAAUUGGGGAUGCUGUCUCAGCCCAACUCGACAGUGCUUGUGGAGCUAUCAAUGUCACUAUGAGAAAAUUCAAGAAAAACAUAUACGUAUCGAACCAUGUUCUUAUAUAUGUGACGUUCCCGAAGAUGCCGUCCUCAUUUGUGUGCGAACAUCAGGACGAUUUGGAUGUCGUCUUUCGGGAAGCUAUCAAAGAACAACGAAGUGUCUUGUAUAAACAUCACGUCACAGAGGUAGAGAUCGUCUACACCAAACUACCAGAGAAUGAAGGUGUGCGGCAACUUUGGAAGCGUCGGGUCAAGUUUUUGGACGAAACUGGUGGUUCAAUAUUUCCUCGGAAGCUAUCUCAUCUGCUUUAUGGGAAUAAGCUAGAGACACAUGAUAAGAUCAAGAAAAUUGAGAAGAAGCGAUCGUUGACAAGAGCGAAUGGCACUACGUACGUUUACGAUUAUCCAACGUUGAUUGGACGUGCAUGCUUGGAGGAGUGGAAGAAAAUGCAAGAUCGAUCCGAAAUUGUUGAGGGAUGUGAACGGGAUCUUUUCCAG